AUGUGGAAUGCGACCAGCCCCAAGAUCCUCCUGAACUUUGCACCGGCCCUCCGGAGCAUGUUUCCUGCCAUUCUGUGUGGGAAGCGGGCCCUCAAUAGAGGUGUGGUCACCCUGCUGAACAACCGGAUCAACAGCGCGUCCAUGAGCGAAGUGCAGAGUCUUUUGCAGCAGGGUCAUGAUGAGUGGAGAGGCACAACCUGUACCAGACCCUCCUCUAAAACGCUCACACAGCAGGAGCCGCUUCCUCACAGAGAGGAAUCCUGUCCUUUUUGA